AUGUCUGACGAUGAAAAAAAAAAUAUUACGAAAGAAGAUAAAAGCAUUUAUUAUGCAAAAAUAGCCAGUGCAGUAUUUUAUGGAUUAUCAUCAUUUCUAAUUACUGUAGUUAACAAACGAGUUCUAACAUCCUACGAAUUUCCGUCAUUUUUAGUGCUAUCACUUGGACAAAUUAUUGCAACUGUCGUAGUUUUAUAUAGUGGCAAAAAAUUAAGAAUUGUGACAUUCCCAAAAUACUCAAAUAAUAUUAUUAAGGAAAUCUUUCCAUUGCCGUUAAUUUAUUUGGCUAAUAUGAUUUUUGGAUUGGGUGGAACAAAAGCUUUAAGUUUACCAAUGUUCGCUGCACUUCGACGUUUCUCAAUUCUAAUGACAAUGCUACUAGAAUUUUACAUAUUGAAGACACGUCCAACAACAGCAGUUCAGUUGAGUGUGUAUGGAAUGGUAGGAGGUGCCCUGUUGGCAGCAUCUUAUGAUUUGUCUUUCAAUCUUAAAGGCUACACUUUCAUUAUGAUAACCAAUGCAUCAACAGCAUUGAAUGGUGUUUUUGUCAAGAAGAAGUUGAGUGGAUCUGAUUUGGGCACUUACGGUUUGAUGUUCUAUAAUUGUUUGAUGAUGUUAGUACCAGCCUUCAUUUUAACAUGGAUCCUUGGCGAUCUGGAGAAGGCCUUGAAUUACAAUGAGUGGUCGAAUCCACUCUUCGUAAUACAAUUCAUACUUUCCUGCAUCAUGGGAUUCAUUCUCAAUUACAGCAUAGUACUUUGUACACAACAUAAUUCGGCCUUAACCACCACAAUUAUUGGAUGCCUUAAAAACGUCAGCAUAACUUACAUUGGGAUGUUUAUAGGAGGUGACUACGUCUUUUCAUGGUUCAACUGCAUUGGAAUCAACAUCAGUGUUUUGGCCAGCUUAGCAUACACCUACGUGACUUUUGGAAAAAAGAAACCACAACAAGCACAGGAUGAAGAAGAAAAUGAAGAAUUACUGCAAAGUGGAAAAAUCGAAAAAGUGUAA